AAAAUGUCAACAAUAACAGAAAUUACUAGAACAACAAAAACUGGAAUUUCUCGAAAUGUUGAUUAUGUUGGUUUUGCCAAUUUCCCAAAUCAAGUGUUUCGACGAUGCAUUAAAAAUGGAUUUGAAUUUACUUUAAUGGUUGUUGGCCAAUCAGGUUUGGGCAAGUCUACUUUCUUGAACACACUUUUUAUGGCCGAGUUGCACAAUUUGAAGAAGGAUAAGCCUAUUGAAAGCAAAUCUACAGUGAAAAUUGAAAGUAAAACAUUUAAACUUGCAGAGAAUGAUGUUCGUUGGGAACCAAUAGUUAAAUAUAUCGAUGACCGUUUUGCCGAUUAUUUGGCAGAAGAAACAAAAAUUGACAGAUCGCCACAAAUUGAAGACAAACGCGUUCAUUUGUGUGUUUAUUUUAUUCCGCCUACUGGACAUGGCCUUAAACAAUUGGAUAUUGCAUUUAUGCAAGCAUUACAAGAACGUGUAAAUAUUAUUCCAGUUAUUGCAAAAGCAGAUACUCUUUUGCCUUCAGAACUUGGACGUUUUAAACAGAAUAUAAUGGAUGAUAUGAGAAAAAACAACAUUUCCCUCUAUAAAUUUCCUGAAAAUAUGGAACAACAACAGCCACCUCCCCAACAACCUCCACACCAACAACAGCCUCUUAUAAACGGAACAACGACCAACGAUUUUUUAACUAAUGGAAAACCUCAUCAAAAUGGCAACAAUAAUUCUGCCUCUUCAGACCUGUCCAAACGACUUCCUUUUGCUAUUGUCGGUUCAACCCACAUUAAAGAAAUUUUGGUUGGAGGGGAACAACGUGCUACUAAACACAGAGUUAGGGUUAGAGAAUACCCUUGGGGAACAGUUGAAGUGGAUAAUUUGGCACACAAUGAUUUUAUGGCUUUGAGGGAUAUGAUAAUCAAAAAUAAUUUGAUUGACUUAAUUGAUGUAACCAAAUGUGUUCAUUAUGAAAAUUAUCGAAAACGCAAUUUGCCCCAAAACAAAUUUGAAGAAGAAGAUCCUUUUACUCAAUUAGAAAAGGAAACAACAACAAGAUUGGCUGAAGCAGAAGAUACACGUCAAAAACGGGAAGCUUUAUUUAAUGAGGGUGUUGCUGAACGUGAACAACGAUUGGUGAAGAAAGCAUUGGCGGUGAGGGAAAGAAAGAAAUUUUUUGUUAUUUAG